AUGGCUACCACUCCCUCAAAACCUAUAAUUGUGAUUGGCGCAGGUCUUGUCGGGCUGACUCUGGCUCAGGGGUUGAAGAAAGCCGGCUUUGCAUUCGAGAUAUACGACAGAGACGCAUCACUCAAUGCGAGACCUGCCGGUUGGGGAAUAACAGUUCAUUGGAGCUUGCCAUCACUGCAGGCAUGCCUGCCUCCAGAGUUGUACAAGAAAAUCCCUUCUAUCCAGGUUGACCCCGCUGCAGGUGAUCGAGCACAUGACUGCUACCGAUUCCUGGAUCUGGAGACUGGCAAAGACAAGUAUGCCAUGCCUUCAGGCCAACACUACAGGCUCAACCGUCAGAGGUUACGCCAGCUGUUAUGCACUGAUAUCCCGGUGCAUUGGGGAAAAUCAUUCGAAUCUCUCGAGCUGACCGAGGAUGGAGUAGUUGUCCACUUUGCCGACGGCCACCGUGUGGGCGGCUCGAUGCUGCUCGGCGUUGAUGGCAAGAACAGUAGGAUAAAACUCCAGUUGUUAGGAGAGGAGAAAUCAAGACUGUAUCCGUUACCUGUUGCGUUUAUGGGCUUCACUUUACAACUCCCACCGAUCAAAAUGCAACCUUUUAGAGAUAUUCAUCCGGUAAUAUGGCAGGGUUGUCAUCCAGGUUCGGGAUAUUUCGUGUUCUUCUCCAUGCUGUCAACACCAGAGAGCAAUGGCAGCGCCAGCUCUGAGAAUCCCUACUAUGAAGGUCAGUUCAACAUGAGUUGGCUGACUGAGAGACAUGGACAAACACCCAAAACACAAAUUGAACAGUUAGCUAGGGCGAAGGAGGCCGCUCUUGCAUCAAGUGGCAUGUUCCUACCUCUCAAGCAGGCUAUUCUUGACAUUCCAGAAGACACUCAUGCUCUCGAGAUCGUGCUUGAAGACUGGCCUACCCAGAAGUGGCCAUCAAGUUGCGGCAGAGUGACACUUCUCGGAGAUGCAGCACAUACAAUGACCAUGUAUCGCGGUGAAGCGGCCAAUCACGGAAUGUACGAUGCGGCCGCGCUCGUACACCAGCUCAAUCAGUGGCGGAAGGGACUCAAAUCCCGCCAGGAAGCUCUUCAGGAUUUCCAGACCGAAGUCAUUGAGCGGACGCACGAAGCAGUACUUCUGAGUAGAUGCGCUUGUCUAGAGUGCCAUGAUCUUGACAGCCUCCGAGAUGAUAGCCAAGUCUUUCAAGUCUCAGGUUUCAAUGCCAGGGUCAAGGAAGAACGAGCGGUGUUUGAUUUAAGUCCAGAAUCUGCGCUGGUGCCAGCGGAGGUUUUAGCAUGA